CUUUGCUGAGCAGCACUUCCCAGGACUUACCCAGCUCCAGGACCAUGCACCAACCUCUCUGUACCAGGAUGCUCCUCACCCUCCUCACUCUUGUCCAGGGAGCCUCUACAUAUGUGGUUAUGGCAAACUCCAACUCUAUCAAGAAUGCUCCUGCACCACCAGCUGGCCAACCUAUGGGCUUCUACCCAGUCAGUGUCAGCCCGGACUCCUACUAUGACAUUGCCAACAAGUACCAGUCAUUUGAUGCUUACCCGCUCUACAGUUGUGCAGAAGAUGAUGAUUGUGCCCUAGAUGAAUUCUGCCAUAGCUCUAAAAAUGGCAACAACAUGGUCUGCCUGGCAUGCAGGAAACGCAGAAAAAGAUGCCUCCGGGAUGCCAUGUGCUGCAUGGGCAACUACUGUAGUAAUGGUAUCUGUGUGCCAGUCGAGCAAGAAAAUGAACGUUUUCCACAACAAGGAUAUGUAGAGGAUACUAUGAUGGAGACCUAUAAUACUGACCAGGCCACUGCAGAUACCAACACUAAAUUUACUACAUCUCCUUCUGGAAUGCAGCCAUUUAAAGGUCGGGAUGGGGAUGUGUGUCUCAGAUCAUCAGACUGUGGACCAGGACUUUGUUGUGCACGUCACUUCUGGUCAAAGAUCUGCAAACCAGUCCUUGAGGAAGGUCAAGUGUGCACCAAGCACAGGAGAAAAGGCUCCCAUGGGCUGGAGAUAUUCCAGCGUUGUCAUUGUGGAUCAGGACUAUCCUGCAAGUUACAGAAAGGAGAAUUCACAACAGUCCCUAAAACCUCCAGACUUCACACUUGUCAGAGGCAUUGAAAGCUCCCCAUGGACUUCUUAUUAUCAAGUUAAGCUAGGACUUUGCUUGACAGAUGACUUGUUCUUUGGAUGUACCUGUAACCUUAUCACAGUUUACACUAAGUACUCUGGAGGUCGUCUAUGAUAAAAGGUCACCUAAAUAGUUUCUUUUUAUGGAACUGCACUUUAUUCUCGGUGUUUACAGUAAAUUACUGUGUUGUAAAUACAAUGCAACUCUGUCGGUUGUAUAUAUUUAUGAUUGUGGAAAGUUACUAAACUUCUGCUAUUAUGCUUCUGUCUUGUACAUUUGUACACAGUCUCCCUAUCCCCUUUUAUAUUGUAUACAGAAUUUAUGUUUUAGGAUGU